GUGUGUGGUUGCUCAGUGGGGAAAUGCUCACAGCUGCCUUUUUGAAGCAAGCCUGGGGGCUGCAAGGGAGACGCCUAACCAUGCAGGACUGAGCUGCCACCUCCUGUCCGCCUGCCCGGGGAGAGGCAAGGACGCCGGGACACCAGAUGAUCCUCCUGCAGCGGGUCUGCCCUGGGUUCAGGAAGCUGUGAAUUCCAUCAUGUUAUAUGCCAGCCUGAGUACUUUUUAAGUUAUGAAAAGGAAGAAACUGGUCAUCAGAUUAAAAAACUGGCACUGUCCGUUUCAAGAUCCAGAGCUCCAACCUUCCUUGGCUUAAAAGAGAGAAGCACCCGGGAAAAUGUGGGCCAGGAAUCUUAUGGCAAGAGCCUUAUACGACAAUGUCCCAGAGUGUGCUGAGGAGCUGGCCUUCCGAAAGGGAGACAUCCUAACUGUCAUUGAGCAGAACACAGGGGGACUGGAGGGAUGGUGGCUCUGCUCCUUACACGGUCGGCAAGGCAUCGUCCCAGGGAACCGGGUGAAGCUUCUGAUUGGCCCCGUGCAGGAGACCUCCUCCAAUCAGGACCAGCCUACUUCUGGGCUGAUGCACCAGGCCUUUGGCCACCAGAAGCUCUAUCAAGUGCCAAACCCACAGGGUGCUCCUCGAGACGCCAUCUACCAAGUUCCACCUUCCUACCAACAUCAGGGAAUUUACCAAGUACCCACUGGCCAUGGUACCCAGGAACAAGAUGUGUAUCAAGUACCACCAUCGGUGCAGAGAGGCAUACUCGGGGCUAAUGGUCCUCACUUAAGUAAAAAGGUGAUAACCCCAGUGAGGACAGGCCACGGCUACGUGUAUGAGUGCCCAUCCAGACACCAGAAGGACACCUACGACAUCCCUCCUUCCCAUGCCACUCAAGGGGUAUAUGACAUCCCUCCGUCAUCAGUGAAUAUACCCAUGUUUUCAGCACCAGGGGGAGAGAUAAAACCUCAAGGGGUCUAUGACAUCCCUCCUACCAAAGGGGUAUACGCCAUUCCACCCUCUGCUUGCCGGGAUGAAGCAGGGCUUAGGGAAAAAGGGUAUGACGUCCCCCCUCCAAUGAGACAGGCUGGAAGGCUGGACGUCAGGCCUGAGGGCAUUUAUGACAUCCCUCCAGCCAGCAGCAAGCUGGUGGGGAAGGACCUUCACGCCAAGUAUAACUGUGAUACUCCAGGAGCUGCUGACCUGGUGGCACGAAGAUACCAAAGCGUUUCCCUGAGCCUUCCGCCCGCACAGCUGGGACAGUCAGCAGGCACGCAGAACGACGCGUACGAUGUCCCCCGAGGGGUUCAGUUUCUUGAACCGCCAACUCAAACCAGUGAGCAAUCAGCCCCCUCCAAAGAAAGAGACGGCGUUUACGAUGUCCCUCUGCACAACCCCCCAGAUCCCAAAGGCCCUCAGGAUGUGGUGGAUGGCAUCAACCGCUUAUCUUUCUCCAGCACAAGCAGCACUAGGAGCAACAUGUCCACGUCUUCCACCACCUCAAAGGAGUCCUCGCUGUCAGCCACCCCACCUCAGGACAAAAGGCUCUUACUGGAUCCGGACACGGCCAUAGAGAAGCUUCAUCAGCUCCAGCAGACCCUGGAGAUGGGCGUCUCUAGCCUGAUGGCGCUCGUCACCACGGACUGGCGGUGUUACAGGUACAUGGAACGACACAUCAACGAGAUACGCAUGGCGGUGGACAAGGUGGAGCUCUCCCUGAGGGACUACCUCCACUUUGCCAAGGGAGCAGCGGCAAAUGCCUCCUGCCUCCCGGAACUUAUCCUCCACAACAAAAUGAAGCGGGAGCUCCAAAGAGUGGAAGACUCCCACCAGAUUCUGAGCCAAACCAGCCAUGACUUAAAUGAGUGCAGCUGGUCCCUGAAUAUCCUGGCUCUUAACAAGCCCCAGAACAAGUGUGAUAAUCUGGACCGCUUUGUGAUGGUGGCAAAGACGGUGCCCGAUGAUGCCAAGCAGCUCACCACAACCAUCAAUACGAAUGCGGAAGCCCUCUUUAGACCAGGCCCUGGUGGCUCACGUGUGAAGAAUGGGCCUGAGAGCAUCAUGAACUCCACUGAGUACCCACACCCUGGCCCCCAGGUGCCCCUGCUGCAGCCUGGGGACCACAGGGCCCAAGCUCCUAGCAAGCCAUUGCCCCCGGUGGGCAAGGACCAGCCCCCUGACUGUAUCAGCAGUGACGGUUCUGAGAGGAGCUGGAUGGAUGAUUAUGACUAUGUCCACCUGCAGGGUAAGGAGGAGUUCGAGAGGCAACAGAAAGAGCUGCUGGAGAAAGAAAAUAUCAUCAAACAAAACAAGAUGCAGCUGGAACAUCAUCAGCUAAGUCAGUUCCAGUUGUUGGAACAAGAAAUUAUAAAGCCGGUGGAGAAUGACAUCUCCAAGUGGAAGCCCACUCAGAGCCUCCCAGCCACGGGCAGCAGGGUGGGCGCCCAGGACAGGCAGUUGCUCUGCUUCUACUACGACCAGUGUGAGACCCAUUACAUCUCCCUCCUCAAUGCCAUUGACGCCCUCUUCAGCUGCGUCAGCUCGGCGCAGCCCCCGCGGAUCUUCGUGGCGCACAGCAAGUUUGUCAUCCUAAGCGCACACAAACUGGUGUUCAUCGGAGACACGCUGACACGGCAGGUUGCCGCCCAGGACAUUCGCAACAAAGUGAUGAACUCCAGCAACCAGCUCUGCGAACAGCUCAAAACUAUAGUGACGGCGACAAAGACGGCCGCCCUCCAUUACCCCAGCACCACCGCCUUGCAAGAAAUGGUUCACCAGGUGACGGACCUGUCCAGGAACGCGCAGCUCUUCAAGCGCUCCUUGCUGGAGAUGGCGACGUUCUGAGAAGAAAAGGAGAAGGGGACUGAAUGGACUACCAAGGGAAACUGGAAGUGCCAUCUGGUUUUUGUGAAUGUUAUCUAUUUUUGUAGGUAUUUUAUAUAUUUUAAGGUUCUGUGGGUUAGACAACGUUCAUAAAUUCAGGGAGCUAGAGAGGCAAUUUUUUUUUCCGUGCGAUUUUUUUGGGCCCACAUAAGCAUCUAAGACCUGAACUGUGCAGAGACUUGUCCAUAUGCGUGUGUAUGCCUGUGUAUUUGUGUUCGUUUGUAGCUGUUUGUCUGAUACAUUCCAUUAAAAAACAAGAAAUAAGAAGCACCUUAGUAAGCGCCUCCUAAUGCUGCAUUUUUUUUUAAAGAAAACAUACCAGCUAGUUGUAAUAUUACUCUACAUAUACUAGCAGUUACUCUGAGCCUGUCACUUCUGAGUUGGGAAGCACAGUGUAUUUGCAAGUGUUUCCCUCUCAAUAAUGAGGCAUGAUAUGGCUUGUUCUUGUUUUGAAUCUCCUUCCAAAUGGACUGUCUUGGGCACAUGAUAGCAAAAUGCUUCACUUCUGGUUGAAAAAGCCCACCUAGAGAGAAAGUUUCAGAAAUAAGCCAAGCUCCAAUAUUUUGGUUCUGGAAGAGAGACACGUGUAUUUAGAGACCAUGUCCCAGGUUAUGACUGGGCUGUUUCAACACCAAGAGGAUGUCACAAUAAAAGAGGAACAUAUGUUUCCCCAGGGCUUUUUGAUCAUCUGCAUUAUGAGCGAUUUGGCUAUGAGGUUUCCCAGUGGAUGCUUUUAGAUUUGGAAAAACCGUAUUUGCUGCAGGAAUUCAUAGACACAUCAGGCUGUGAGCGUCCACCAAAAGAAGGGAUGGCUCCAUCUGCCAGCUGUAAGUAGAGGCCUUGCUGACUCUCAACAUUCACUUUGUGCUACUACCCCAUCACCUGAGGGGACCUAGCCAGUUCUGAGUCACCUAAGUGUUAGAGCCACCAGGGAACAUCCUACUCUAAAAGAAUUCAUUGCUGGAUCUCACAUCCACCUUAAAACAUGCAUAUGUGGACCUGACACUCAGAGCAGCUGUAUGGGGCCCGUAUAAUCUUGACAAUCCUGUCUGGCCACGGACCCUGUAUACAGCCCACCAGCACCUCAUAUAGCUGGUCACAGCAUCCAUUCCAUAGUCUGUCCCCUCACACCUGCCAGUGUUGGUACAGCUCAGACACACCACAGGCCAUCAGAUUCAUUGUGGGGCAAGUGACAUACUUCCUACCCAGGGGUAAAUGUAAUCACACACUACCAAGUUAAGGAGCAUGUUAUUUCUGGUUUUUCGGUCCACUUCUUAUUUAAUGGUUGGUUCUAUUUCAGCCUAUUUGAAAACACUUUUAUUAGCAAUAUAUGCCUUGACUUAAUUAAGCGAACAACCAAAUCAUUGGAACAGCAAAGGAUUUAAGAAAGAAGAAUGUGUGAUCUAAGUGAUUAAAAAAAAAAAAAUCAGUGACACUUACAGAAGGUGCUUUUCAAAACGGCCACUAUUGUAGUUCUUCAAGUUCUGCUCUGCAAAAGAAGAGUAGAAGUCGUGCUGUUACACGGCAAGUGAGUGUGUGGGAGGCCAGGGGACUGAGGAAAAGCAACAGAGAAACUGAAAAGUGUCCUUGUAGAUUUCGUUGUAUAAUGUGUAUUUGUUGGGAGAUGACAGACUUGUUCUAAGCUAAGUGGUGACAUGUCACAUUUUUUAAACCAAAAUGUUCGAUUUGUAUUACUCUUUCCCAUCCUGUAUGUAGAAGCUAUUUUUAAAACAUUAAAUUUUUAGAUUUCUGUUUUCAUA